AUGAUUGAACAUGCGGCUUCCAUCGUCUUUUCCCAAGGUCGCGGCUCCAUCAUGAAUGACGAUGAAAUGGAGUCAAGCCAAUGGGAUUACGUCGCUGCCCCGCCAAAGCCCGCGUUCAUGAUCCACUACCGCGGGUCAGAAACACCCCCGGCCGCUCGGGAUGGACGCCGUGUAACCCUCACCCAAGUCUCCACCCUGCAAAUUUCUAUUCCCUUUACCGACGAGAUGGCGGGGGAGGAAAGCUCUACUCCGGGCGUAGAACUGCUAGAAUGGAAAGCUCUGUCUCGUGGUGGUACAUCUCCGGAUCCUCCCGGUCUAAUUCCGAGGAAGGCAAACCAUGUCAAGUAUUCUUCAUGUCAGCGAGGAGUCGAGACAAAUGGCGAGGAAAAGCUUCCAACAGUAGACAAUAUUGUACUGUACAUGGCAUUGAAAAUUCAUGCCCCUAGUUGUGCGCAUUUAGGCAUUUCACCCCAGACGCCGACAAGAGGCCGAAACAUUGCUCUACAUAAUGCACCUCAAGUAGACCGACAUGGGACUUUGAGAUCCAAAUCUCAUCGCUUUCCUGUCCCGUGCUCUCUUCCGGGCCGUCAGCCUCAGACAACGACGUCCGGGGUGAGCUGCAGGAACCGCCACAGAAUAUGGGCCGUCCACGAGACCCUUUGA